AUGGAAGGGGCUAGUCUUCGUGGAGUGUUUGAUUACUUAGGGGAGGGAAGCUUCAAAACACGAUCCCAGACACGCCCCGGAGUGACCCUCCUGCAGAGCGAGCUGGAUCACAUAAAAGCGAUUGCUUCGGGAAUGCUAUCAGACGUGGACCUUCAAAGGCAAAUAGAGCUGCAGCGCAUGGCGGAAAAACAGAAGGAAGCAGCAGAAAGGGUUUCAGGGUGGCAGAACCUGCUUUGCAACGCAAGGCAACGCAGGCUUCUCGAGCGACAACUACAGCGGCGGCGAAAGGAGGACGAACUUCUGAUGCAAGACCAAGAAGAAGAAAUGUGUCGUAAGCAACUGGAAAAAGAUUUAAUCGAGAGGGCUGGUGCGGUGGCCGUGGAAAGGGAUGAAAAGAUAAGGACCUUCAUUCGCGCACAGAUGGUGGCAGACACCCUAGCCGGGCAGCGGGAGCAGCUCAGGUGGGCGGAGCGAAAGGCCUCCAUGGAGCAGGAGCGCCAACUUGACUUAUUAAGGGAGGAGCAAUCUAUGAAUAGGCGGUUGGUCGAGAAAGAGCAGCGUGACAAGCAAGAACAGCAAGAGAAAAUCAUGCAGGCGCAAGCCUUUCUAAGACAACAGAUCAACGAGAGAGCGCAGCGCAGAAAGCAGGAAAGUGACGAGCUAGCUGCUGAAGCUGAAGCAGCAAAAAGACAAUUAGACGAGGAGCAACAAGCAGAACAUGAAGCAGAGAAGGCAAAGCAAGCGGAGUCUAGGCGGCUCUAUAGAGAACUGGUCACGGCGAAUGAAGAACUUCAAGAACGGAGAAAGGCAGCACAGGCCCAGCAGAAAACUGAAGAAUCCCGAGCCUUCGCCUGCGCUGAAAAGCUCCAGCAGAGAGAGGCAAUGAUACGGAAGAGAAAAGAAGAGCUCAGGGCUUGGGCCUUGGACAGAAGUGAACGGCUUACAGCUCAAGGAGCGGCGGUGCUUGCAGCUGCUCGGGUAAAGGCUUCACCUUUCCUCUACACUCCUUGCUCCCUUGAACACGAACUGCUCAAGCGAGCAUUUCUUUGUGGUGUAGUUCCGUUUUCUCACGUCAUUGUUUGCAGAACUUCAGCUUCUGAUGUAUCUCCUCCUUGCUGCCCCUUUCUUCAGGCAGAGGAAGCAAGACACCAAGAAAUUCAGGUUGCACGCUUUGAAGCAGAUGUGAAGCAAGCAGAAGAAGCGAAGCAGCUUAGCAGACUGGCCAUGCAACUGCAGCUGAAGGAGAGCAGAGACAACCAGGUUGAAGCAAAGCGAAGGGAAAAGGAGACGAAGAGGAUGGAAGACAUAGCAUAUGCUGAAUCCCUUCGCAAGGCAGCAGUUGCAGCACAAGCCGACGAAGACAGGAAGAUUCAGGAGCGGCGCAUCAAACUUUGGAAAGUGGGGGAGGACCAGAAGCGUCAGGCAAGGGAACAGCAAGAGUCGAAAAAGCUGCAGAGGGAGCGAGCUCUUGAGGAAGAGAGGAAGGCACACGAUAACCUACGUGAAGCAGAUCUUAUGCUGCAGCGUUUCGCUGAUCAGGGCAUUGCAGCAGCAAAGGCAGUUGGAGCAGAGUGGCGCAUACUUGAAAAGGCAAAGAAGAGGCUGCUUCGCGAAAGCAGUUUAGAUAGCCCUCCUAGAAGUAAAAAUGCUGAUAGCGGCACAGCGACACCCCCAUCGCCUAUGCUCUGCAUGGAACAGUGCUCCAUGUACCCAGGUUGUGGAGCCUCCGUUUGA